GCGGCAGUCACCACGCCAGGCGCCGUGGUCGUGGUGGCUGAGGCGCCCUCUCUGUGUCUGUCUGUGCCGCACUUGAACUUCUUUCGCGUCCUGCGUAGCCAACAAGGUCGCGGCGGGGCUCUGCUGAUUGACGGCAGCAGCAGCAGCAGAAGAAGAAGAAGAAGGCCAUCGCGCGCGUUCGUUCGGAAACCCCUGAGCCGAAUGUCGUGGGAGCGCGGGGGCGGCCGCGUGCCCGUGCUGGACGUGCACGCGGGGAACGCGGCCGCGUGCUGGGACUGCGCGCGCCGCGCAGUGCGCGCCGCCUCCUUCAUCGCCAUGGACGCGGAAAUGAGUGGUCUGGGUAACAGAAGAGCAUUACUUGCCCAGUCAAUAGAAGAGCGCUACAUCGCGAUUCGUAAUGCAGCGAGGACACGCUCCCUGCUGUCCAUCGGCCUCGCCUGCUUCCGCCUCCUUCCUGGAAAGGGCUACAGCAGAUAUGAAGUGCAGGUUUUGAACCUCACGCUGCUUAGCACAGAGGAGUACACUGUGGAGCCACAGUCCUUAAAAUUUCUGGUGGAGCACGGCUUCGACUUUAACAAGCAGUACACACAAGGCCUGCCCUACCGACCUGGCAGUGACAUGACUGCCUCAGACAGCACAGCCCCUGGUGCUCGUGCUCUGUUCUCAGAGGUGGUGCUUGCCGAACGGCCACUGGUGCUGCACAACGGGCUCCUGGACCUGGCGUUCCUGUUCCAGGCUCUGCAUACCACCCUGCCACUCACGCUACAAACCUUCAUGGCCGACCUGGCCACCCUGCUUCCAGCCGGCAUCUAUGACACUAAGCACAUUGUGGAGACAGAAACGGAUAUGGCAGCUUCCUUCCUGGAGUACGCCUUCCGCAAGUGUACGCGGGGAGGGGUGAAGUCGGGCGUCAUGGGCAGCGGUGUGCACGUGCAGUUUGGUGACGUUCCCCCAUCCCUGCUGGACCACGUGGAUGAGCGGCUGUGCCCCAAGCCCCGUGGCGGCCCAGAUAAGAGCGAGGAGGCGAUGCAGACGGAGCCUGCCAUAUGCGAACGAUUUGCGGGGUAUGGCUGGUGCUCAUUGGGAGUCAAGUGUCCACUUUCACACGACAUAGAACGCAUUCUGGAUGACCACGAGAGGCUGGUCCAGACCAAGCGGCAACGUCGCUCACGACCCCGGAAAAAAUCUCGUGCCAAAAGCGAGAAGGACGGCAGCCCCAGCAGCCAGCCCAGUGUUCUCGUUGAUGACCCAGCAAAUAUUGCUGAAAUCCCAGCCGUCCCGGACAGCCAAUCCGUUGCCAAAAGAGAAACCGACCUUGGUGACGACUUGCCGUCAAAGCGACCCAAGAUGAGCGAAGAACACUUGGAGACGGUGGAAUUAGAGGAGCGGGUUUCCAGCCCGUUGGAUGUGCCUCUCAAAAUCGAGGCACCUGCCAACAUUUCCAAUGAUGACAACGGCGAUGGCGGCGAGCCAGGUGACGGGAAAGAGUCGGAGCUAAAACUGAUUAAUUCGGUGGUGGCAGUGGCGUCUGGGAGUCACCGGGCGGGCUUUGAUGCGUUCAUGACGGGGUUUGUGUUUGCCAGCGUCCUUGCCUUCCAAAACGGGGGCUCUAGCCAGUGUGGAGGCGAUGUGGGCGAGCAGAUUGUGCCAGACGUGACGGAGAGCUGGCUUCCGAGCUGCCGCAACAAACUGUACCUGAGUGGCAAGGCUAUGCCGCUGCACGUGUACAAGAGCGCCUUCUCGAGCUCGUCCCGGGCGCAUCGUGAUAAGAUGACACGGUUGGGAAAACACAUUGAGUGAAUGGCUCCUCGGUCCAACCCAAUGCACGGGUAUUUACGGCCAAUUGUACGGUUCGUAAUUGAUCUCUCUGUCAUGCCACAGUUAUCUGGCCCAGUUUGUGUGAUUCAACUUACCAGAUGAGACAAUAAUUGGCCAGCUUGUACAUACGAUAAUUAGUUUGGCAGUAUCGUGCGGUGGAGUUUCGAAAUGACACAUAUUUGGGCAGAUCAUUAUAUGACCUAACCCACAUAUCUAUUACGAAUCACUCCUUGGUCUGUUAUGCCAUUGAGUCGGUGAAAGAUCUUGGUACCCUAAGGAAGUGAAAAGGAGACUGGAGGUGACCAGAUGGCUUUGGUUAGCAUCACUGACACUGAUAGGUUCUAAUCCAUUCAGCCACCUGUGUUUAAACUGGGUGGGUAAGUUCUUAAGCAUGUACAGCAAGGCUCAGUCCAGUCACUGAUAACUGCACAAAAAUGGCAUUAAAAUUUCUUUUCUCACUUAGGCUAAACUUCUUCCAGACUUCAAAAUAUUGGUUUGACUAUGCUUUGAGCAUCAAGUGAAAAUGUGUGUCCCUAAUGCUGUGGAUAAAAAUGUCACUCAAGGGAUCUCAGAAGUACGGCAAGUCCUCGUUUAACACGGUAGAUGCGUUCCUGUGAAGUGCCGUGUUAAGUGAAAAACACGUUUUAGCGAAAAUAAACUCCCUAUGUAACGAUAAAGUUCGGCAAGAUACAAUGCACACGCACACAUGGUCAGAUGGCGGGACAUAACGGAGGGUACGCCACCACAUUGCUGUAUCAUUCCACGUAUUGUAUCUUACUCUCAGCUGCGCAGCUGAAGAAAGUAGCUUGUCGUCGACCACUGUGCGAAGUGUUCCAUCAUGGAAGAACCGUGUUAUAGUGAACACGCGUUAAGCGAGGACGUACCGUGGUUACGUGAUAUUUUUAAUUAUGGGUCAUUCGCGAACAUGUGGGUUAUGCAGUGCGCUUUAAGAGUAGGGUGUAUUUUUAUACUCACUUUCGACUGUCACAUCUGAGCCGCGGCAGCACGGAGCUAUCAUGUUAUGGGUAAUUUUCCACUGGCUGUUUGCCGAGCCGAGCCAGAGUUACUUUGUGCUACACUGGUGAGCGUGUACUGUUUGAGUGCGUAUGGUGGUAGUGUUUCGGUUAACGGACUGCACUAUGAACCCGGCCACUCGAGUUCGAUUCCCGCUCACGGCCAACACUAGUGACGAUUAUCUCAACCGGUCUUGGGCCUCGCCGAGGUCAACUCAACCUCAAACGAGUACCUAGUGCGGUGUUUAAGCAUCGCUAUUAGGGAGACUAAGACGGCCGGGCGUGGUGCUGGCCACCCACCCCCUUGUGUGCUGUGCCGGCCUUCGUAGGUGCUCGCUAACAGCACUUGCCCCAGCAGUCUAAAGGCUAUUAGUUUGUGUACAUCCAUCUUCACUCGUUCAACGUGCGCGACGUCAGUGGCACAGCUUGCUUCUGCAGUGGAAAAACAACCUGCGCCUCCUGAAUUGCGCAGGGUUGGCUCGGCAUGGCUCUGGAAUAGUUCGGAUGUGCCAGUGGAAAACAGGCGUCAAGUCUCAUGACAUGAGGCCAAUAGCAACAGUAAUAAUGAAAUUGUGGAAAAACACCAAAAAUAAAAUAGGUUGUGUGUAAUUUUUUUACAUUGUCAUAAUGUUUCGACUUGCACAACGUAUGAAUCUUACUUGCAAAUUUAUGCAAUGUUCACAAUGCAUUUCCCUGUGCCUCCAUUAUGCCUAGCAUUGUCUCGGAGAAUUUCCAGUAUUCUAAAAUGUUCGUAUGUUUGUUAAAAUAAAAAAAAAACAUUUUGACUUACAAA